UAACGUUUCGCGCAGUUUCCUGCAUCGCCAAUUUGUUUUACAUUUAAUGGUUAUUCGCUCCGUAGAAGGCUACAGAAAUAUAUGCGUUUUGUUAACGUUGAGUUCGAGCUGAUGCUAAGGCUAAUUAGGCUACAUGAUGCUGUCGUGCUGAGUCUGCUGACAAUCUCCUCUCGUCUCUGUAGCCCCACCCCUAUACUCUACAGCUCGAAAACUUUCCUGUCUCACAGUGAUUUCCACCCUGUUUUUACUUCCUGUUUUCUACAGCAGUCACACAGCCCAAGCUCCUUUCAUUUAAACUUUACCCUUCUGUAUGUGCACCCUUUUCUUUAUAUUUAUUCGCGCGUUGCAUUGUAACAUUGUUUCGAACACUCGCCCAGAAUCUUCUCUUUGUUAAAGACUCGGAAAUGCAGAACUCGUUCAACUUCCAUACCGAUGUAUUUUACAUUUUUUUGUUUUGAUGUGGUCUUGUUUAUUUUUUUUCGUAAAGCCACUCUGGAAGUAGUUGCCCAAUCUAAGGCCCUUUGCUACAAAGUAUCAAACUACUAUGUCGACAGCUAGUUUAUUGGAGCUGACAAGUAGAUAGCUAAUUUGCACAUUUUACACGCUUCUACUACGGCUGUUGUUGCUUUUUGCGCUUUAAGUUAGUUAUUCCUCCCUGGAAGUUCUAAUGGCCCAAUUCCAGCGCCCGACACUGUGUUGCUGCCGUAAAGUGCUCACAGUGCCUAGCAAGUCGUGUGAGGGCGGCCGAGGUCUGGGUCAGUGUCGCCUUGUCGACAUCGCCUCUGCGUCCAACUUCCACAGCUUCAAGCUUCGCCACUUCCAUCUCGACCUCCGCCUCAACUUUGCCGUAAAGGAGAUGACUGGGUGGGAAGUCCUGGAGCUGGUGCCUAUCCAACCAGGCGUGCAGACUUUGGUUUUGGACACUCACCCAUCCUUGCUAAUUAAUUCCAUAGACUGUAAGGUACCUGGCACCACUGGUGCCCAGGACAUUUCCCUGUCGCUCACCUACCGGGUAGAUCCAUUCACAGAUUAUGGAUCCUCGCUGAAUAUCAGCCUCCCAGCCUCUGUGAUACGGCCGCAUCGGGCUUUCCAGAUCACCGUUCGAUACACCACGACAGACGGUCCUGCGAUCUGGUGGCUGGACGCAGAGCUGACGUGUGGUCAGACGCGCCCGCUAGUCUUCACUCAGGGCCAUUCAGUCUGCAACCGCUCCUUCUUCCCCUGCUUCGACACACCUGCUGUCAAGAGCACUUACACCGCUACUGUCAGGGUGCCGGAGGGUGUGACGGUGUUGAUGAGUGCCUCCCGUACUGCCUACUCCAAGCAGGACAGGGUGUUCCAGUUCUCCAUGGAGUACCCCGUCCCAGCCUACCUGGUGGCCCUGGUGGCAGGGGACCUGCAGCACGUCGACAUCGGCCCCAGGAGCCGGGUGUGGGCAGAGCCGUGUAUACUGACCUGUGCUGUGAGCAAGCUAGGGGGUAGCGUGGAGCACUGGCUGAACGUGGCGGAGGACCUCUUCGGACCCUACUUGUGGGGAAGGUACGACAUAGUGUUCCUGCCUCCGUCGUUCCCCAUCGUGGCCAUGGAGAACCCCUGCCUCACCUUCAUAAUCUCCUCCAUCCUGGAGAGCCGGGAGUUCCUGCUGAUCGACGUCAUCCACGAGAUCGCCCACGGCUGGUUCGGCAACGCGGUCACCAACGCCACCUGGGAAGAGAUGUGGCUGAGUGAGGGACUGGCCACCUACGCACAGAGACGCAUCACUACCAAGGCCUACGGUGAGGCCUUCACCUGUCUGGAGACUGUGUUCCGUCUAGACGCCCUGCACAGACAGAUGUGUCUCCUAGGAGACAACAACCCCGUCAGCAAGCUGCAGGUCAAAUUUGAGCCAGGUAUUAAUCCCAGUAGUCUGAUGAAUUUGUUCACUUAUGAGAAAGGCUUUUGCUUCGUCUCAUACCUCUCUCAACUCUGUGGCGACGUCAAGCGCUUCGAUAGCUUCCUAAGGGCCUACAUAGAGCAGUUUAAGUUCAGCAGUGUUGUGGCCCAGGACCUGCUCAAUUUAUUCCUGUGCUUCUUUCCUGAGCUGAAGGAGAACUGUGUGGCCCAGAGAGAGGGGUUGGAGUUUGAGCGGUGGCUGAACGGUUGUGGCCCCCCCCUGUGCGAACCGGACCUCUCGGCCGGUGGAGUUCUGACCGGUCCCGUCCAGAAUCUAUGUGACCUGUGGGCCAGCGAACCCCCGGACCCUGCAGCUAUCUCAAACUUUAACCUCUCCUCUUGGAGCACCUUCCAGACCGUUCUCUUCCUGGACCGACUGCUGGACCGCUCACCCCUGUCACACGAGGUGAUGGGUCAGUUGUCAGGCUGCUACUCGGCCCAGCUGGAUGAGAUGAACGCCGAGGUGCAGAUCCGCUGGCUGCAGAUAGUGGUGCGGAACAGCUUCUACCCUGACCUGCCCCGCAUCCGCGGCUUCCUGCACAAACACACGUCAAGGAUGUACACGGUGCCACUGUACGAGGACCUGUGUGCCGGGGUGAUGAAGUGUUUUGCGGCCGAGGUGUUCUACCAGACACAGGCCCGACUCCACCCCAACCUCCGACGGACACUCCAUCAGAUCCUGUUCCAGACCAGUGCUUUACCCACCAACACAGGCUCUGACCCUUCACUGCUACCCCCCACCCCCCCGUCCCCCAGACCCAUCCCCAGGGGCCACCCGGGGCCCGCCGACCCCCCCACUACUGGUACUAUCACACUACGUGACGUCAACGUGUCCGCCUGAGAGGCCGGGAGAAGAGAAGAGAAACGAGAGAGGGAGCCAUGUUGAAAAAGGUGAAGAACUGUAACAGACUUGAAAUGACUGCACUGUCAGCCAGCCGUCAUCCGUGCUUGACUGAGACUGACAGGGAGUGACGAAGGACCUGCGGGUUCAUACACAUGCACACACACACAUGCACACUGUUACACACAUAUGCACAAUAAUGUGUGUAUAUGUCUAUUUAUAUAUUGAGUCUGAUUUUUGUAAGCUAACCUUUUGAAGCCUCUCUGGGAAGGACAAUGCUGUGUGUGCGUGCACAUGCGCUUCAUGAAUGGAGGUAGCUAUUGACUGUUUGCACACGUGUGUAUCCUGCUUAGAGCUGGGAUUAUGACUUCAUAAGGAGAGGUUUGAGAACCACUGCCAUAGGGAUAUGGUCAAAAGUAGUGUACUACAUAGGAAUGGCACUAUGGACCCCAGGGCCCAUAGCAUUUGGGGCGCAGCCUCUGUAUGCUCCGUUCAACACUACACACUUUCACCCUGCCUUUAAUAAUUACAAUCCAUUAAUUCCACAUUUGGAAUAUGCAACAGGGAGGCUUAUCCAGGAAUGGAAGUGGAAUUCCCCCUUUAAACCUGGGCUGUGUCUCAGUAGUCUAAACAUCCUUCCUCGCCUUGUCUCCUUGUCCUCAUCUGCACUGAUCUCAAAUAAUUCAAAAUGAACUGAAAUGAAAGUCCAGUCGGCUCAAUUAUGUAUUGGGCUUCUUUGACGGUUUUGCUUUUACCUAUCAACUCUCUUAAGUAGGGAAGGAUGGUAGUCCUCCUACUGUACACUAUUGAGACGUAGCGCCACAGUGCUAAACCCUCUCCUGUAGGGUUGUCAGUGAGAAGGGAGAGGGUAAGGUCACACAUGUGCCUUCAAACUGGAGCUCUGCAAUUCUGGGUCGCAUUCAGUCCUGUAAAGUGCAUUCACCUACCCAGGUGGCGUGCAACGUUACAGGACCUUCAGAUAGGAAUAUAUGGAACAGACAUGCUUCUUUGUCCUGAAAAAUAGAGAAUCAUUGUCGUCUGUAUAGAAGCCAUUUCUUAUGUUGAGAACGAACGUGUGCACCCUCCUGAACGCGAGCCUUUUCAACAGUGACAGUGUCAGCCUUCUGGACUUCUCUCGCUCAGGCUUGCUUGACAUUUCCAAAGCUACAGAUAAUUUCAAUUCUGUGAUUGACUAAAGAGGGGAGGGUGUGUUUGGGGGGGGGGGCGUGUAUGUCAUUGACGUAUUAAUGAGUGGUUGGGCUGAAAUGUUAACAAUGAUUUUGUACAAAUUCUGUUUUAACGUUUCCUCCCAACAUAUAUGAAUUGUGAACGGGCUGUACCUCUCAGCAUAGCAAUGUGAGGGGCAGAAUGUUUGUGUUUUGAUGAUUACAUGAAAUUACAUGGUUAGACGGUGACUGCCUGUCCUCCGAUGCCUUACUUAACGUACAGUACUGUUACCGAACAACACAGAGGGGAUAGACUAGCAGGUUUGUCUCCAAUGUUUUACAGGUAAUAAAAAAGCCUUGAGACUCAACAAUGA